AUGCCAUUUUGGCAAACAAACAAUGCCAAUGCCAAUGCCAGUGGCAAUGGAAAUGCCACUUCUUCUUCUACUACCACUACUUCUUCUUCUUCAACAUCUUCAAGUUCCAUGAGUAGUAAUAACAGUAAUGGAAACAAUGGUUGUCAACAGAGCCAAAGUAACCAGCUUGGAGAGGCAAGAUCGGCUCUUUAUUAUUCGACCAAUGCAAUGUCAUUUGUUACUAAGUCUUUGUUGCCUACUAGAAGAAGACUCAGGCUUGAUCCUCCUAACAAGCUCUUCUUUCCUUAUGAACCGGGUAAACAGGUUAGGAGUGCAAUUGGGAUAAAAAACACUUGCAAGUCUCAUGUAGCUUUCAAGUUCCAAACAACUGCACCAAAGAGCUGUUACAUGCGCCCUCCUGGGGCUAUACUUGCUCCGGGCGAAAGUCUAAUUGCAACUGUAUUCAAGUUUGUUGAGCCUCCAGAGAGCAAUGAGAGACUAUUGGAUCAGAAGAGCAGGGUUAAGUUCAAGAUCAUGAGCUUGAAAGUGAAAGGAGAAAUGGAAUAUAUUCCUGAGAUGUUUGACGAGCAGAAGGAUCAAGUAGCUGUCGAGCAAAUUUUGCGAGUUGUUUUUCUUGACGCAGAAUGUCCUAGCCCUGCACUGGAAAAACUUAAAAGGCAGCUGGCUGAGGCCGAAGCUGAGCUCGAGGCACGCAAGAAGCCUCCAGAAGACGCAGGCCCCCGAGUUGUUGGCGAAGGACUUGUUAUAGAUGAGUGGAAAGAGCGGAGGGAAAGAUACCUGGCACGCCAGCAGGUUGAAGUUGAUUCUGUGUGA